AUGGAAUCAACAGGAUCGAUUUUUGGUCCUAAAAAUCUGCCUAACGUUAACAGAGUCCUUCUCCAUCUCAAGACCAACGUCUCUCUCUUUCCUAGCCGUUGGCUUCACAAUCACACUCUUUCCCUGAAACCGGAAAAAUACCACUUGGUUUGCGUUAGGGCUACUCAUAGUAAUGAUGAUCUUGAGAGAACUCGUCCCUUGGUACACUUUUCUCCCACUCUUUGGGGAGAUCACUUCCUUUCUGUUCCCCUCGAUGUCGAUGAAUUUGAUAAUUUAUCGAGAGAGAUUGAAGUGAAGAUGAAGCCAAAAGUGAGAGAUAUGCUCAUGUCUUUCAAAAAUAGGGACAGUGAAAGGAUCCGUCUCAUCCAUUUGCUAGUGAACCUUGGAAUCGCAUAUCAUUUCGAGACUGAGAUUGAUGAGAUUCUUAACAAAGCUUUUGGAAAAAUGGAUGACAUAAUAGCCCAACAAGAUGAUUUGGAAACAAUCUCCACCGUGUUUGAGGUUUUUAGACUACGUGGUUACUACAUGUCUUGCGAUGCAUUCAGUAGAUUUCAAGGUGAAAAUGGAAAGUUUAAGGAAAGUUUUGCUGAGGAUAUUAGAGGGAUGCUGCAGUUGUACCAAGCGGCACAUCUCGGGACACCAUCUGAAGAUAUAAUGGACGAGGCACUGAGUUUCACUCGGCAUCACUUGGAGUCGUUGACAGGUAAUCACGCAGCAAAUGUUAGUCCCCAUCUCUCUACGCAUAUAAAAAACGCAUUGUGUAGAGCUCGAUAUCAUAACUUGGAGAUGCUAGCCACAAGAGAAUAUAUAUCUUUUUACGAUCAAGAAGAAGAUCACAACGAGACGCUGCUCAAGUUUGCUAAGCUCAACUUCAACUAUUGUCAGCUACAUUACAUCCAAGAGCUAAAAGAUCUGACCAAAUGGUGGAAAGAUAUAGAUCUUUCAUCUAAGCUACCUUACAUCAGGGACAGAAUUGUAGAGGUCUUUUUCGGGUCACUGGCAAUGUAUUUCGAGCCACGAUAUUCACUUGGGAGAAUUAUAGUCGCUAAACUUACAGCGGUGGCGACUGUUUUUAAUGAUACAUGUGAUGCAUAUGGCACCCUUCCUGAAGUUACAAGUCUUGUGGAUGCUUUCCAGAGAUGGGAUCUUGGGGGCACUGAAAAGCUACCAAGCUAUGUAAGAAUCGUUUUUGGAAGUGUGUUUGAGACAUUAGAAGAGAUUGAACAAGAAAUGAGGCCAGGAGGAAGAUCAGAAAUUGUGCAAGUAGUUGUUGAUGAGAUGAAGAAGUUGGCGAGAGCGUACUUGGCCCUCUCGAAAUGGUCACGCAAAAGUCACGUGCCAACCUUUGAGGAGUACAUGGAGAUUGGCAUGAGGACGUCAAUGGAUCAAUAUGCUGCCUAUAGCUUUAUCGCGAUGGAAGAUUGUGAUGAGACACAAAUCUGCGAGUGGUACAAUUCCAAACCCAAAAUGAUGGAAGCUUUGAAUGGUGUUUUUCGUAUUGUGAACGACAUAUCCACCUAUGAGCGAGAGAUGAAGAGAGGAAAAGUGGCUACAGGUCUGAAUUGUUACAUGAAGCAACAUGAAGUUACCAAAGAAGAAGCUGUUGAAGAAUUAAACAAGAUUGCUACUGAUUAUUACAAAAUAAUAAUGGAGGAGUUUUUGACAACAACCGCUGUGCCACGCCAGGUUCUGGUGCGUUAA